CAGCGGCGGCGGCGGCGGCGGCGGCGGCGGAGGCGCCCGGUCCCGGCCGCGCGGAGGGGACAUGUGCAGGCGGGGCUAGGAGCCGCCGCGCCCGCGCCCGCGCCCGCCCGCGCCCCGCCAUGUAUCCCGCGCCCUCCGCCUGCUCUGGCCUGUGUCUGCACGUCCUGCUGCUGUGCUUCCAGGUGCAGAUGCUGGCAGCCGAGGAGAACGUGGACUUCCGCAUCCACGUGGAGAACCAGACGCGGGCCCGGGACGAUGUGAGCCGCAAGCAGCUGCGGCUGUACCAGCUCUACAGCCGGACCAGCGGGAAGCACAUUCAGGUCCAGGGUCGGAGGAUCAGUGCCCGCGGAGAGGACGGGGACAAGUAUGCCCAGCUCCUCGUGGAGACAGACACGUUUGGAAGCCAAGUCCGGAUCAAGGGCAAGGAGACAGAGUUCUACCUGUGCAUGAACCGCAAAGGCAAGCUCGUGGGGAAGCCCGAUGGCACCAGCAAGGAGUGCGUGUUCAUCGAGAAGGUUCUGGAGAACAACUACACAGCCCUGAUGUCUGCCAAGUACUCGGGCUGGUACGUGGGCUUCACCAAGAAGGGCCGUCCCCGCAAGGGCCCCCGGACGCGUGAGAACCAGCAGGACGUGCACUUCAUGAAGCGCUACCCCCGGGGGCAGGCCGAGCUGCAGAAGCCCUUCAAGUACACCACGGUGACCAAGCGCUCCCGGCGCGUCCGCCCCACCCACCCUGGCUAGGCCACGCACUGGGCCAGGAAGGCCAGACCCGGGCCAGGCCUUUGGCCCCGAGCCACCUGCCCCACUCACUCCUAGAGAACUGCAUCAGAGGAAUAUUUUUACAUAAAAAAUAAGGAAGAAGCUCUAUUUUUGUACAUUGUGUUUAAAAGAAGAGACUGAACCGAAACUCUCGGGGGGAGGGGUGAUGAGGAUUUUACGGCUGACUCAAAGCCCACGACGACGCAGGACGCAGGGGGAGGGGUGGGGCCCAGGCGCUGCCUCUCCAGGAGGGGGCAGCCCUGGGGUCCCCCCUCGGGGACGUGGCAAGCCCAAGUCCUCAUUCCCAAGGGUUCUGAAGGCAAAAAACAACGCAAAAACGGAACAAAAAGAGACAGUAGAGCCCUUCCCCCAGUGAGCUCACCCCACUUCCCAGUCCCCACUUCUCGCCCCAGACUCCAACCAAAAUCGCUGUCUGGUUUGCAGCCAUUUAUUUAUUGUCUGCUGCAAGCUGACCUGAGACACCGCGCAGGGAAGGCGCACCCUGGGAAUUCUCCGCGCCUCGGCCUUCGACGACAGACGCCCUCGUCCAAUCACGGUGACGACACCGCAGCGUUCCUGGAGGUGCCGCCGUGGCCCUUCCGUGACUCCAUGACACCAACGAUAAGGGAAUAUUUUAAAACCAGCUAUAUUAUAUAUAUUAUAUAUAUGAGCUAUUUAUUUCACCUCUCUGUAUAUUGCAGUUUCAUGAACCAAGUAUUACUGCCUCAACAAUU